AUGAAUCCAGCAAUGCAAUCGCCCCCACCUUCAGUGCCAGCAGGAUGGCAAGCUGUUUGGGAUCCAAACCAUCAACGAUAUUACUUUGUGGAAGUCUCUACUGGAAGGACACAAUGGGAAAUGCCUACGAUGCCAUCGGCUGCUGGUGGUGGCAGUGCCCCUGCUGGUGAAGCAAGUAGCUAUGCAGGUGGUGGUGGUGGUCAAAUGGGGUAUCCAUCACAACAACAAGGUUAUGCACCUCAUCAAAACUAUGCACCCCAACAACAACAACAGCAACAAGCAGGUGGUGCUGAUGAAAGAGGUCUUGGAUCCAUGCUAUCUGGUGUAAUGGGUGGUGGUGGUCAUCACGGAUCAGGCGGUGGUGGAUUCUCGGCAGGAAGUGCUUUGGCUGGUAGCUUGGUAGGAUUUGCAGCAGGUAAAAUGCUUGGCAACCAUCAUCACGGCGGAGGUGGAGGAGGACAUCAUUAUCACCAGGGUGGCUACUAUCCACCACCUCCCCCUCCACCAUCUGGUGGUUUUGGAUCCUUGUUUGGAGGAGGUGGACACCACCAUCAAGGAGGAGCAAGCGGCUUGAUUGGUUCUCUUAUGGGUGGCAAACAUCACGGACACCAUGGACAUCAUGGACAUCACCAUGGACACCAUGGCCAUCAUGGUAAAGACUGA